AUCAGGGGGCGUAGGUUUACCACCGGCUCGCCUCGCCUCGCCUCGCCUCGCCUGCCUGCCUUCACCCAGACCAGAGUCAGACACAAUGAACCGUCAGUUAGUGGGCUACGCGCGUGUCGGCUCAGCGAAACUAGCAUCAUUUUAGCCCCUUUUUGUGCUUUUCUUUGAUGUACUUGACUAUUACGGGGCAGCGGGAGCUCUUUAUGGGGUUUGCAAGUGCCGCGUCGUCGAGUUUGAUGAAAACGAGGUCGGGAGCAGACUACAGUAGUUAGCCCCUCCUGAGCUCGCCCGCCGGCCGGACCCCCCGGUUCGUCCUCCUCCUCGCUUCUAUUUUUUGCUACUUUUGCCCCUUCGUGACGAAGAAUGUCCCUGACCACGUCCUCCGACUACUUCGCCGCCGAGUGUUUGGUUUCCAUAUCGAGCGGUCCGGUUCUCCACAGACCCACCCCGGUGGUGGCCGCGGGCCAGCCGAGCGUCGCCGCCGCGGGCCUGCUCCCCGGCGGUGAGCACGACGGCGGCGGCUCCAGCGAGGACCGCGAAGUGCGGGAGACCCUGUGGCUGGAGGGGGCCAACAUGAUGACGGUGGCCGGAAUCCUCACCGACCUCCACGGCAAGUUCCGGCCCAUGUCGGCCUAUUCGGAGAGCAGCAACUCGUCGUGCGGCGGGGAAAGCGGCUACACCACGUUGUCCGACCCCACCACCCCGACCAUGACCCCCUCCGCCACGCCUGUGCCCGGACAGCAAGCGGCGAGGGGCGGCAACGGCGGCCCCCGCUCCCCGGUUAAAAGACACCACUGCACUUUCGUCGGAUGCGACAGAGUUUACGGGAAAUCAUCCCACUUGAAGGCACACAUCCGGACCCACACAGGCGAGCGUCCGUUUCCUUGCACCUGGCCCGAGUGCGACAAGAAGUUCGCCCGCUCGGACGAGCUGGCCCGCCACACUCGCACGCACACGGGAGAGAAACGGUUCCUGUGCCCGUUGUGCGACAAGCGCUUCAUGCGCAGCGACCAUUUGAUCAAGCACGCCCGCCGUCACCCCGACUUCCAUCCCGCCAUGUUGGCGCGCAACAAGGGCGUCUCCUCUCCGGGCCUGACUAUCCCGCAUUAAAUGCCCCCGGUGACUCAGGUUAACCAGCUACAAUUUGGUGCGUUGAGGGACACACACAAAGAAACAAACAAACAAAAAAGAUCAACGCCAUCGGCUGCGCGGGCCAUGCAGCGUUCGCCUAGCAUCCCGUUCUGAGGAGUCACAUGACCUCCUUCAAAAGGGUCGACCUGCUCCAAAACUUUAAACUACAGAUUCCGUGCGCUUUUCCAUUCCACUUAACUCGUUGACGGCGGUAGACGUCCAAUCCGUUUGACGCCGGGAGGGUUGGCAGCGAAAGAACUAUUGGCGGGAGGGUGCAUCUUGAACAAAUUUUAUUUUUCAACUCAUUGGCUGCCAUUGAGAGCACAAGACUAAAUGGGUAGGAAGAUGCAACACUGAAAGAGUUUUUAUUUCGUUCUUAAGAACCACACAAUUGGACGUCUAUCACCGUCACCGGUGCCCAAGGAGUUGAUCCAUUCCCGGGAUUAGUCGGGCGCAUCGUACUAGCUGGUAUUCUAAAGGACGUCAAGCUGCGCGGAACAUUUCAAUUUUCUACGUCUAAUUAGCUCUGCUAGCAUUAUUUCUUGAGUCCAUAUUUUCCGUUUUAAAAAAAUUAAAAAAAAAACAACAUACUUAAGACAGAAAUGAUUUCAAAAUAAAGGAGUUUUGCUAGCAACUUUAUUUGGAAUGGAAAAGGCAGAUUUCCAAUGGACCCUCAAGACUUUCUCAAUCUGCAGGGAUUUUUAUUUUCUCCAUUCUGCAAACGAUUCAGCAGCCAAAUCUCAGACAUUCUGGUUCCUUUGUAUGUUGUUGACGUACUCUACAGUAGGAUUUCUUUACUGUGAGUAGCACAAAUAUAUUGUGACUAGGGCAGGGUAACGAUUACACAUCGGAAUCACGCAAUAUGAAUUGCGGUUAAUCGCGUAGUCAUCCGACAACAGCACGCGUUUACUAUCAAAGCCGAUGUAUUUCGACCGGACAGAGCAAUUCAAGGCGAUGCGUUAUCGUUGCUCGGCCCUAAUUUUGACAUUAGAAACUAGAAGAUUCUUUCGAUUCCAAUGUUUUUAGUGCUGAGACAUUCCUUUUUUUUGUUUUGUUUGAUUGGCAUUGAAAGCAUCAACGUUAUGUCUUUUCACAUCUAACCAUACAUGACUUUGGCCACGAUGUGGCCUUAGCUCGACUGUAGAAGAGCCGUUUGCACGCCAACCCUUCCGAAAACACUGACACAUAAUACGCCGUGGUAUUAUGUCUAAUAACCAUGCAAAUGUAUAUAAGCUUUAAGCUUCUAAUGUAGAAAAGCCACGUAUAAUGCAACUAGCUGCAGAAGUAAUACAUGUGAUGUAGUCCUUAUAUUAGGGGGAAGAGUAUAGGCUUGAUAGCGUGUGUGCUUUUAUGUUUCUAUUUUUUUAUUUUUUUUUGUCCUUGAUGCGCUCGCUCGCUUCAAAGUAAAAGGCAUCAAGCAGAGUACCUUUCAGGUGAAAGCGUUUUCCUCACACGGCAGCCUUAGGACGCCGUGCGUGUCAGAGCCACGCAAAGAAAGACAAAAAUGAGGCAGACGAGAAUAAAGUGCUAACGUUACCAAAUUGAAAAGAAAAAAAAAGUGAGAUUAAAGUGGUGAUCUGACGUCACGUUACAGUAAGUACUUUGCGUCAUACGUACAGUCAUGGACGAAAUUAUUGGCACCCCUGGAUUUUUUCCAGAAAAUUGUUUCUCCCAGACAGUAACACAAUGAAUAUUUUCAGUAUGAAUGUGUUUAUUUUUAGGAUUUGCAUUGGAAAAACACCCAAAAAAAGCUGAAG